AAAGGCCGAUUUCGAGCUCCAUUGAUAUCAGCCUCGACAUUUAGAUGGCACACUGUUGCUUCAUGGACAUGGGACGCUCAAGAUGAAACUUGUGGUAUAUGCAGGAUGGCUUUUGAUGGUUGUUGUCCUGAUUGCAAACUCCCUGGUGAUGAUUGUCCACUAAUUUGGGGUGCUUGCAACCAUGCAUUUCAUCUUCAUUGUAUCUUGAAGUGGGUGAAUUCUCAAUCUGCUCAAGCACAUUGUCCUAUGUGUCGUCGUGAAUGGCAGUUUAAAGAAUGAACAAAGAUUAUGCGCAUCUCUGCUCAUCAAUGGCAGUAGAAGGAACGAAUUCAAAAUUUUAGUCCACAACUAGGAUUCUAUGUUUCAUGCCUCUUGAGAGAAGGGGUAAUAAGUGCUUGCUUUCUAUUGAUAUAUUUUGGUAUUACAGUGUCUGUGUGUGAUAGUAUGAUAUUAUUUCCGAGCAUAGUGUAUUUUUAUCAGCCUUGGAAGCAGAUGCAGAUGUUCUAUGAGCCAUCCAUCCAAAAGUCUUCAGCUGAGAUGUUCUACUGAGAUGAAGAGGAUGAUAAAUGCUUUAUGAUCUUCUUAAACUCUCUUGAUGUUAGCUUUAUUAGCUUUUUUAAACCUGUCCUUAAUAUGGUGACCUUCAUUGUACUUGGAACUAUUUUCCAGUAAUAGUCUGAUAAUAGUCUUUGGCAGAGAUGGUGAACUAAAGAGGACAUGAUUCAAGCUUAGCUUAUGGAUGCAGCUUCUUAUAUACUUUCUAUCUGAGAGAUGUGAAAACCAGUAAGAAUGGUUUCGAUGAGAUCAAGUUAUCUACUUGUCUUCAUGUUGUAUAAACGUGAGACUCAUUAAAUUAGUGGUGAUUGUUGGGCACAAAAUCUGGUGUCAACGUGUGUGUAUUAAAUAAAAAGACAUGGGCAAGUAGUCCAUGUGUAUGAGUUGGCUUUUUCACAAGGUACGUAGUGCUUUUGUACUAUCUUUCUGACUAAAAGGUAAUUUGGUUGCUACUGCCAAAAGCAAAGCAACUUCUUUGGCAGCAAA